GAUUUGUGAAGAAGCUGGUGCAGGUUGGCUCUUUUGAGUAAAAGGCCUUCGGCCUGUCCCCCACGUGCAGUGGCCGAAAAUUAACUACAUACAAUAAAGUUCUCCAAUUUAAACUUCGCGUACCGGAGCUUAUGCAGCGCAGCCGAAUACCACUAAGUGCCAUUCGACUCGUGAAGGGGCGCUCAUAGCUCAACUCAUAUACAUUCACAGAUGCUCAUUUGGAUGUAAAUCGCUGCAUUCCUUAAAUAGUUCUCAAGUUGUAGCCGCGCCUCAGGCUCCUCCUUGCUGAAAAGUUUUGCAGGGCCACCCGUCCGUGGGGCCACUCAUAGUGACACGCUUCGAAGUCCUGUUUGCUUAAGCUAAUUUGAUGGGAAUACAGCUUAUAUCAGCGCGAUCGCAGCAAGCUUGAGCGCGGGUGUUGCGGCACGCACAAACCCUUAGGUCGUCGUCGAGCGAAGGACGUGCAAGGGACGCGCAGCCACCUGGAAAAUGUUUCGGAGGUUCUCAACUCAAGCAAUCUCUGAGUUGCUGGAUAACGGAGGAGGAGGGACUCCAGGCUCUGGCGAUGGACUAAUCAGCAGCUCGCCGCGGAAGCGUGAGCCAUCAGAGGGGAUCCGCUUCAAACUGAAGAAAGCAUUGUUCGGGUCGUCCAGCGCCAGUGAUGCGGGCCAGGCCGGCAACAUGGGCGGCUUCCACUACAGGAGAACGUCGGCCCCUUCGGCUUCCGCCACGCGGGUACCACUCCGGCAAGUCCCUAGGGACUGCGUGUGUCCAAUGCCCUAGACUGCCGAAAUGUCAUCAUGUGACAUAUAAUAAGGUCCCUGAUUGAUUUCCGGGCACAAACUCGAGCGGGAGCCGAAGUCGAAAUGCUAAAUGUCGCGCUCGCCAGGACUUACUGGAAUUUGCCCUACGCAGUCCGGAUGACAUCUAUCGGUGAACCUUAGUCGACGGCACUAGAUACAGGCCCAAAAUACCGCCUAUGCGAGAUAUGGGCUCUGGUCCAUUUCGCGACUUGAGCCCUGACCAACAUGUUUUGUCCUCUGCCGAGCGCUCAUGCCCACUAAUGAUGUAAGUUAUGUACCUA